UAAUUUGUUGGGUCGUCUGCUAGGCUACUGCUGCAGAACAAAAACGUUUGAACUUAGACCGUAGUGAGAUAGUGCUGGGGCUGAAGCUAAUGGGAAACUUUGAAAUAGAUAUUUCUUUUUGCGAAUGCUAUUACAUUAACUCUUGAUGUUACUCUGAAGAGAUAAUAUCUCUUCUGUGAUGUCGGAAUGUUGCGAAAUAUGUGAACCAACACCAACACCACCUCUAAAUGCGGAUUGUCUACAGGAACGAAAGUGGUGGUGCUUUUUGUUAUCUAGUAUAUUUACUUUUUUGGCUGGACUUCUCAUUGUUCUCCUUUGGAGAGCAUUUUCUUUCCUCUGUUGUCGGAAAGAACCUGAAUUUUCUCCAAAUGAUCCGAAACAAAAAGAACAGAAAGCUGCCAGGCAGGGCAAGCAAGAGUUUGAGGGUACUUUUAUGACAGAGGCAAAAGAUUGGGCAGGUGAAUUGAUAUCUGGCCAAACAACAACAGGAAGAAUUUUGGUAGUGUUAGUAUUUAUAUUAAGUAUAGCAUCACUCAUCAUCUACUUCAUUGACGCUUCCAGCAGUGAGGAAGUAGAACGGUGCCAGAAGUGGAGUAACAAUGUGACUCAGCAAAUAGACUUAGCCUUCAAUGUAUUUUUUAUGGUCUACUUUUUUAUACGAUUUAUAGCUGCAAGUGAUAAAUUAUGGUUCAUGUUAGAAAUGUAUUCGUUUGUGGACUACUUCACGAUACCACCGUCAUUUGUCUCCAUAUAUCUCGACCGGACGUGGAUCGGUCUGAGAUUUCUGAGAGCUUUGCGACUGAUGACAGUGCCAGAUAUUUUGCAGUACCUCAAUAUCCUAAAAACUUCCAGCUCAAUCCGCCUUGCUCAGCUUGUGUCUAUCUUCAUUUCAGUUUGGUUGACUGCAGCUGGCAUCAUCCAUUUAUUGGAAAACUCAGGCGACCCGAUGGAGUUUUCCAAUCCGCAGCAGUUAUCUUAUUGGACUUGUGUUUACUUCUUAAUUGUGACCAUGUCGACAGUCGGCUAUGGUGACGUUUACUGUCAAACUGUGCUCGGCCGGACAUUCCUUGUUUUCUUUCUUCUCGUCGGAUUGGCGAUAUUCGCAAGUUGCAUUCCUGAAAUCAUAGACCUGAUUGGGACUAGGCCCAAGUAUGGAGGCACUCUGAAGAAUGAACGAGGACGAAGGCACAUCGUAGUUUGCGGUCAUAUAACAUACGAAUCAGUUUCACAUUUUCUAAAAGAUUUUUUACAUGAAGAUCGAGAGGAUGUAGAUGUUGAAGUUGUUUUUCUACAUAGGAAGCCCCCCGACCUUGAGCUGGAAGGACUCUUCAAAAGACAUUUUACAACAGUUGAAUUCUUUCAAGGCUCCAUUAUGAAUCCUAUUGACCUUCAACGGGUAAAGGUUCACGAAGCAGAUGCCUGUUUGGUCCUUGCCAACAAGUAUUGUCAAGAUCCAGAUGCUGAAGAUGCAGCAAAUAUAAUGAGAGUAAUUUCGAUAAAAAACUAUUCGGACGAUAUUAGAGUUAUAAUUCAAUUAAUGCAGUACCAUAAUAAGGCUUAUUUAUUAAACAUUCCAUCUUGGGACUGGAAACAAGGAGAUGAUGUGAUAUGUCUAGCUGAAUUAAAAUUAGGUUUUAUAGCACAAAGUUGUCUAGCGCCUGGAUUCUCCACUAUGAUGGCCAACCUGUUUGCGAUGAGAUCUUUCAAAACGAAUGCGAGAUGCGCGCUAGCGGUGGAUUUACAGGCGUGGCAGAACGAUUACCUCCGUGGUACUGGAAUGGAGAUGUACACUGAGUCACUCAGUCCAACAUUUAUUGGCAUGCCAUUUGCACAAGCCACCGAGCUGUGCUUCACGAAGUUGAAGCUGCUACUUCUGGCGAUUGAAAUCAAAGGAGAGGAUGGAAGUGACAGCAAGAUCUCAAUCAAUCCUCGGGGUGCCAAGAUCUCCGCCAACACGCAAGGCUUUUUCAUUGCUCAGUCGGCUGAUGAGGUCAAAAGAGCGUGGUUCUACUGUAAAGCAUGCCAUGAAGACAUCAAGGAUGAAACGCUCAUCAAGAAAUGCAAAUGCAAAAACUUACUCGAAGUAAGGAAGAAAGAUGUUGGAAUGUUGAUGGUGCAGCAGGGAAUGGUGAAGGCGGGUGACUGUAGCGGAAAUUAUAUUGAUGUGGCGACAUUCAGGAAGGGAGUCCGAGCUGUGCAGAUGGUUGGACGGGCAAGGCGUUUAUGUAUGUUCUCUGCCUCAACUAAUUCUCUAGAUGAUUCGUAUUAUGAUCAUCAUCCCCCUCCCACGUUCACUCCGCCGGAACUUCCCAAGAAAGUACACCUUCGAGGUGAGGCGGGCCGUGAUAGGGAAGACUCAACAGUUGUGGGGAACCGAAACAUCAGGAAUAACACACCUCCCAAUGCAUUGAUGAACUCCACCAAGCAAGUCAACAAGGUCAAACCGACUGUGAACAGAGCUCAAAACGAAUUAACCUCCCCAAAUCAGUACAACAGGACACAGGAGGAUGCCUCAUAUGCCGGUUACCAUCUUGCCUAUGAAGUUAAAAAACUCAUGCCAACACAGCGAGGUACUCCUGGAAACAACGUGAACAACAACGGAGGUCUGACCGUUGGAAUAGCCGAUGAUCAAGCCAAGGAUUUUGACUUUGAAAAGACUGAAAUGAAAUACGACUCGACCGGCAUGUUCCAUUGGAGUCCCGCCAAAAACCUAGAAGACUGCAUACUGGACCGAAACCAGGCGGCGAUGACAGUGCUGAACGGUCACGUGGUGGUGUGCCUGUUCGCCGAUCCCGACUCGCCGCUGAUUGGCCUGCGCAACCUGGUGAUGCCCCUGCGCGCCAGCAACUUCCACUACCACGAGCUCAAGCAUGUUGUCAUUGUCGGCGCAGUCGACUACAUCCGCCGCGAGUGGAAGAUGCUCCAGAAUCUGCCCAAAAUAUCUGUGCUCAAUGGCUCUCCACUGAGCAGAGCUGACCUUCGUGCAGUGAACGUGAACCUGUGUGACAUGUGCGUCAUCCUGUCGGCCAAAGUGCCCAGCAAUGACGACCCCACCCUGGCCGACAAGGAGGCCAUCCUCGCCUCGCUCAACAUCAAAGCCAUGACAUUCGAUGACACUAUCGGUGUACUUAGUCAAGAUGAAUCUGGCGUCGUCCAAGCUCAGAGAGAGAACGAGAAUCUGACUCCUGUCGGAGGUCCAAUUGUGCUACAAAGGAGAGGGUCGGUCUAUGGUGCUAAUGUUCCUAUGAUCACUGAACUGGUUAAUGACAGCAACGUGCAGUUCCUGGACCAGGAUGACGACGAUGACCCGGACACCGAGCUCUACCUCACUCAGCCCUUCGCCUGCGGAACUGCAUUUGCUGUCAGUGUGCUCGACUCUCUCAUGUCCACUACAUACUUCAAUCAGAAUGCGUUAACGUUAAUUAGAUCAUUAAUUACUGGCGGUGCUACUCCUGAGCUGGAACUGAUCCUUGCAGAGGGCGCAGGUCUACGAGGAGGCUACAGUACAUCGGACAGUUUAUCGAACAGAGAUCGUUGCAGAGUUGGUCAGAUAUCGCUCUAUGAUGGUCCACUUGCUCAAUUCGGAGAAGCAGGAAAGUAUGGUGAUCUCUUCGUGUCAGCAUUAAAAUCAUACGGAAUGCUCUGCAUAGGAUUAUACAGGUUUCGUGAUACGAGUUCGUCAUGUGAUGCCUCUUCUAAGCGAUACGUCAUCACAAACCCACCUGAUGAUUUCUCAUUGUUGCCUACCGAUCAGGUAUUCGUUUUGAUGCAAUUCGAUCCUGGUCUGGAGUACAAGCCGAACCGCACCAACCGAGGCAAAGAAGAGAACUCCUGACUAUUGCUGUGUAGUGCCCUCACCGACGGACCGUAUUCCUACAUCUAAAUCGCAGCCAGGCAGGUGGCCAAGCAACAUCCAACAGCCACCAGCCACCGAUCGCUCAACUUUAUUCCCUUUCACUUACGUUCCAUUAUCUCUCCAUUGUUUAGUUUUCUUGUAAGCUGGAACUAUCAUUACUGCUAUUCCUUUCUCCUAUGAUUACAAGAUGGGUUUCGAGACUUCGACACUAUUUUUAAUUCCAAACUAUCAAUUGUUUCAUCUCUCUUCGUUUGAAGCUCCCAAAUCGAUGAAUGAAUAAUUUGACUCCCUACAAAAAAGAACUUGCUGAUACAUACUUUGUACUUCCUCUUAUACUACCUGAACUAUUAUCUUCUAAAAACUUCUUCAAUCACGUUUAUAAAUUUUACAAGAAAGAUAAAAGAGUAUUUUGAAUUAAAUAAUCUGAAUUAUUACCAUAGCAUAAACAAACUGGACAUUAGUGUCCCAAUUUUCCAUCUUCCAAUAAUAAAAUUAUUCUACUAGCAAUACCAGAAAACUUUCUCGAAUUGGUAGUGUUGAUACUUUCCAUACAUUUCAUCAGUAGUGCAAUAAUAUUAUUCUCUACUUGAUAGAUUAGCAUUUUUGAUCAUAAUUUAAAUUUCAAUUCAGCUUCGAGUAUAAAAGUAGGUACUUUCUUAAUUACAUGAAGCGUAGAUAGACAUUGAAAACAGUACCGUAUGAUUAGUUUCAAAUUUGUAGCCAUAUAAUUUGAUUAUCUUGGGGAAGUGAAUUCUCAAGAGUGGAUUGGGUUCUACUUCAUGAAAUUGAGCCUUUUAUUGAUUUUGUUCAUUUGUCACUUCACCUUUGUGGUAUCACUUUCGGUUCCCCUGUGUUAUCGAUCAACAUUGAUUUAUUUCAAUUUUAGUAAUGAUUUCACCGGCGAUUGGGGGAAAAUAUCGUGUUGAUUUAAAAUAUGGUAGGGAUAGGUUUGUUAAAUUAUUGUGAGGUCACUACGAAAAACAAAGUGCAUUAAAGACUUUUUACAAAUUGAUAAAAUGAUUAAGAAUCAAACAGAAAUAGUGAGACUUAGUAUAUAAAAUUAUUCACGUUGAAAGUGAAAAGUGAGUUCAAAUACAGAUUGUUAAAAUGUAAAGAACAGUUCAAUGGACUGACUUUGUUUUCAAUGUUACUCUGUUUCGCUUUUGAAUUUUUAGGACAAAUGUUGUUGAAAGUGAAAAUUUUAGUGUGGAGACUUAUAAAAUGAUGACUCCGACUGAAGAAACAUGGAAACCUUCGUUUAUGUUAAGGCCUAAUUUUUAAAUGGUUAGCUAUUUGUGUCUAGAAUUCUAUGCCUUUGUCAACAAUCAGCCAAUCAAUCAGAAAAUGUUGAUAACUUAUCAAGUUGAUUCAUUGUAAAAAUGUUUAAUCAAAUUGCCUUUGUAGUUUAUCAUCACAAGAAAAGUUUGCUGCUUGCUUGGAGGAUUGUUUCUUUUGAAUAUAUCACAUUCAUUGUUGUCGCCUUCUAUCAUCAAAUGAAAUUGCUUUCAAAUUCAACAAACUUUUUUUAGUCAAAUUGAAAACUUGUAAACUUAUUAUGUGAAGUAUUUAUUAUUAAAAUUCAACGCACAUAUAAAUACUCUGCAUUCAAUUCUUUUGAAUUUGCAUUAAUUUUUUAUUACAUGCAUUUUUGACGAAAUUUAAAUCACUACAUACCCAUAAAUUAAUGAAUUAUUAAUGGAAUUUAUCCUUCCAUUUAGUAUUACACCAUCAAAUUCGCUUUCACCUUUAAGUAAAUGUGUUCCAUUCGAAUUCAUGAAAUUUUAAUUUUAAUAAUCAACAAUACACAAAAUUAUAACUAUCUACUUAUCAUAAAACUUGUUUAUGUGUAUGAAAAUAUUAUCAUGCAUUCAACUCGUUUAUGGUUCAUUAUUUACAUCUCAUGAAUCUCAAUAAUUGAGGCACAAAUUACCUUUGACCGUUUUUUGUGCAUCUCCUUGAUAGCAUUAUUCUAACUGAAUAGCCUAAUUUUAUUGAAAUCAGUCGUUUUACUCUCAACAAAACUACAUCAAUAUAAGUUUACCCUCCUUCACUAAAAGAUUGAUACUUUGCAUUCAAAUUGUUUGAAUUUGCAUUUCAUACAUUUGACGAAAUUAAAAUCACUACAUACCAUCAGUAUGUAUCAUGUGUUCAUUUUCCCGUACCACAAAAAUUUCCUAAAAUAUAAAAUCUCUGAAAUGCAUUUGCAUGAGUAUAAUUGAGUUCACACAGUGUUUAUACCAUAUUGUUGUUUGCAAUCAUCGUUCAUCGGCAAAUUUAGCAUUUCAAGUGUAUAUUAUUGUAAUAAUUGAAAAUGAUAUGUUUGUGCACGCCAAGCAAAGGAUGCGAUUUGUAAAUUGAAUGUUCAUUGAUUAUUUAUCUUACGCGCAGCUGUUGGACAAAAUCGAGCUUCAUAGUCGUUAUUCUGCAGUUGUUUGUAUAAUAUAAUAAGUGAGUAGAUAAAAAGAUUUCUUACAUUUUUGUAUUUUUUUAAAAAUAAGAUUCAACACUUUAAAAAUGCUUCAUUUGGUGAUAACAGCUCUCAUUUGAAAACCAAGUGUUCCAUGAUGAAAUGAAUUAAUUGGAAAUAUAAACGUGCUCCGUUCAUUGAUGUAAAAAUUGCUUAACGCUUUAAAUAAUACAUUUUAAAAGCUUGCUUUCAUAAUUGUCAUUGAAACGUCUCUCGAUAUUCAUUUUGAGCCAAACUGCAUUCAUUGUAGUGGGUCUAUUUCUUUCAAAUAUGCCGGUUGGUAUCUAACUACAAUUAAAUUCAACCACAACUUUUGAAAGCGCUUAUGGAAUCAAAAAAUUAUUAUAAAAAUUUUACAAUAGUGAAUGUCUAGACUAGGAAUUCGAAAUAAUGUCUCACCUGAUUGCCCAAUUUCUCCAAUUGAAGCAGGUUUAAAUGUGUUUACAAUUGCUAUUUAUAUAUCACUAUUAUUACUGUUACUACUUUCAAAUAAAAUACAAGAGAAAAAAGAAAAAAUAGCUUCACUCCAAAAGACAAUGAGUAAUAUGUAUAUUGUUAAUGUUAAUAAUAUUGAAGUGUAAAUAUUGUAUAAAUUAUGUUUCACCCUGUGUGUCUUGUUAAAAUACUCUAUUCGUUCAUUGUAAGUAAUUUUAUUAUAAUAUUUUGUCACACAAUAUUUUCCAUUUGAAAUGAUUGAAUGAUAAACGACGUGGUUAUGUUUAGUAUAUUUUUGUCACUUAGACCAUGGCUGCUCAUUGAGUGUUCUUAUCACUUGUUAGUUGUUUGUAGGAUUAUAAUAAAUAAAAUGAAUCGUAAUUGAUAAUAUUCAAUGAUUAUUAUUAACUGUUGAUAUCAAAAAAAUAAAAAAGUAUAUAAAUAUUCAUUAUUGAAUAACAUGUUGAAGAUUUAUAAGAUAGUCUAUAUUGCAUUAUUGUUGCUUAUUAUUUCAAAUAUAUUUGAAUUUAUCUAUCAAUAAUAAUAAUUGGUGUUUAUUUUGAAAUAGUAUAUUUGUUGUUAAGUUUCUCAUAUUAUUCUAUUUGAUUUUAUUAAUUAUUAUUAGUAAUUGAAUUUAAAGUUAUAAUGUAGAUUGCUUUUGAAACAUGUUUAAACUAUUUAUAUUUAAAUUGAUAAUACAUUGCCAAGAAGUGUCUUCAUUUCAAUGAUAGAUUUCUCAUUCUGACUUAAAUAAUUAUUGUAAUUUCAAUGGCAGGAGAUAGGCUACUUAUUAAUAUCUAUCUUAUUCCAAAUGAGAAACUCAGAUUUAAAGAGAACAUUUUUUUAAUCUCUUAAUAAAUCUGCAAUAGAAGCUAAAAGUUGUUCACUUGUGGUUCCAAUCAGUUGUUUCUGAUCUAGGCCUAUUGCAGUUCAUGCACAAUUUUAAUUAUUUCAAACGGCUUACAUUUAUGUAGUAACUUUCUUUAUAGACUUUAAAAAUAUAUGUUGGCUUUCAAGAUUUGAAAAGUAGAACGAUCUUCAUCCAAAGAUAUACUAAAAAAUUGUUUGCACUUCCAAAUCCCCCUAGUCAUCCUAGAUUGGAAUUACAAUAAUUAACAUUUUGGUAAAAUCACCUCAUCACAACAAUUCUAAAUCAUGAUUGGCACUUAUUCAAUAGCAUUUUACUACUAUGUAGGCUAAUAAUGAAUUGUUUCUAAAAGAUAAACAUAAAACGUGAAUUUAAUAUGAAUCAAAUAAUGCUUAUAAUCAAAGAACACUGUUUCUACAAACUCUCAUAAGCUGUGCUUUUAAUUACAAGAACAUUGUUUAAUGAAAGAUGAAUGUUUUAUAAUUAAGAGAAAAAACAUUUAUUUGUAUGAUCAAUCAAAAUGAUUAUUGAAUGAAGUGAAAUUGUUUGAUAUUGUUUGUGAACAAUUUUGUAUUUUAUAAACAUGCACCCGAAAAUAUAAGUUUUUCAAUUGAA